CAGAGGACGGAGCCUCCGCAGUCUGCUCUGCGCGCCUCCGCAGCCCCUUCCCCGGGAUUCUACCUCCUGUCCCCGCUGUGGAGCCUCACUGAGAACCGCCGGCACACGCCGCUGAUAACGAGGAUGCGACAGGUCAGAUUCGCUCCCUCGUGUUUCUCCUGAGCGAUGACGAUGGUUCGGAGGGAGAAAUCAUGCUGGUGAGGCGAACCAGCCGCAGUCCAACCCUGAAAACCCACCGCGGAUACACCAACUGACACGACCAUGCCCCGUUUGCCCCCUUGAUUCUCCUCCCCUGACCUCCACACCUUCCCUCGGGCCUGAUAAACCCCCCCCGCCACAACCCACUCCUGUGAAGCCAGCAUGGCGACACCCUUUCUGUGGAAGCUGUCCUCCCAGAAGCUGGGCUUCUUCCUGGUCAGCUUCGGGUUCAUCUGGGGCAUGAUGCUGCUGCACUUCACCAUCCAGCAGCGAGCCAGCCACGAGAACAGCGCCGUGCUGCGGCAGCAGAUCCUGGACCUGAGCAAGCGCUACAUCAAAGCUCUGGCUGAGGAGAACCAGAGCGUCAUGGACGGGCCCUAUGUCGGUACCAUGACCGCUUAUGACUUGAAGAAGACCCUAGCAGUGUUGCUGGAUAACAUCAUGCUGAGGCUGGGCAAGCUAGAGUCAAAGGUAGAGAACAGCUACAACAGUACAGUGGGAAACCUGACAACUGGCACCAGCACGGCCAUUCCCAGUGCCACCAACUCUGAGAAGGUCAACGUGGCAGACCUCCUAAAUGGAGCCCAGGAGAAGUGUGAGCUGCCGCCCCUGGAUGGUUUCCCUCACUGCGAGGGCAAGGUCAAGUGGAUGAAGGACAUGUGGCACACAGACUCCUGCUACUCCAACUACGGCGUGGAUGGAUCCACCUGCUCCUACUUCAUCUACCUCAGUGAGGUGGAGAACUGGUGUCCUCGCCUGCCCUGGAGGACGAAGAUCCUGAAUGAAGAAAUCGACAGGAGGGGACAGGCCGAGUUCCGCACCAGUUUCCAGGAGCUUUACCGGGUGAUGUCACAACGGGAGGAGUUCCGCUGGAUGAUGCUGAGGAUCAAGCGCAUGGCUGAUCCGUGGGUCGCCGCCAUCCGCUCACUGGCCUCCAAGCAGAACCUGGCCAAGCGUCGGAGGAAGAAGGUCUUGGUUCACCUGGGCCUCCUGACUAAAGAGUCUGGCUUCAAGAUCGCAGAGAACGCCUUCAGCGGCGGCCCACUGGGAGAACUGGUCCAGUGGAGUGACCUCAUCACCACGCUGUACCUGCUGGGCCACGACGUUCGCAUCUCAGCCUCCCUGGCCGAGCUCAAGGAGAUCAUGCGGAAGGUUAUGGGGAACAAGUCCAGUUGCCCGACGCAGGGCGACAAGGUGGUCGAGCUCAUCUACAUCGACAUCGUGGGACUGACCCAGUUCAAGAAGACACUGGGACCUUCCUGGGUCCACUACCAGUGCAUGCUGCGGGUGCUGGACUCGUUCGGGACGGAACCGGAGUUCAACCACGCCCACUACGCCCAGUCCAAGGGCCACAAGACGCCCUGGGGGAAGUGGAACCUCAACCCGCAGCAGUUCAACACCAUGUUCCCUCACACCCCGGACAACAGUUUCCUGGGCUUCGUGGUGGAGCAGCACCUUAACGCCAGCGACAUCAGGCACAUAGAUGACGUCAAGAGGCAGAACCAGUCGCUCGUCUACGGAAAGGUCGACAACUUCUGGAAGGAUAAGAAGAAAUACCUCGACAUCAUCCACGGCUACAUGGAGGUUCACGGCACCGUGCACGGCACCAGCACGGUGCACCUGCCGAGCUACGUCAAGAACCACGGCAUACUGAGCGGCCGAGACCUGCAGUUCCUUCUCCGGGAAACCAAGUUGUUUGUGGGUCUGUCGUUCCCGUACGAGGGUCCCGCUCCGCUCGAGGCCAUCGCCAACGGCUGCGCCUUCCUCAACCCCAAGUUCAGCCCCCCGAAGAGCAGCAAGAACACCGACUUCUUCAAGGGCAAACCCACCAUGAGAGAGCUGACCUCCCAGCAUCCAUACGCCGAGGUGUACAUCGGUGAGCCCCACGUCUGGACCGUGGACAUCGACGACCCAGUGGAGGUGGAGAAGGCCAUCCGCUCCAUCCUCAGCCAGAAGAUCGAGCCCUACCUGCCCUACGAGUUCACCUGUGAGGGGAUGCUGCAGAGAGUCAACGCCUUCAUCGAGAACCAGGACUUCUGUCACGGGCAGGUGAUGUGGCCUCCUCUCAGCGCCCUGCAGGUCAAACAGGCGGAGCCCGGGCGCACCUGUAAGCAGGUGUGUCAGGAGGAGCAGCUCAUCUGUGAGCCGUCCUUCUUCCAGCACCUCAACAAGGACAAGGACCUGGCCAGGUUUGGUGUGGACUGUCAGACGGUGGAGUCGAGCUCCGACACGUUGGUCCCGGCGUACAGCGACACGCGGCGUCACUGCAUCUUCCAAUCCGACCUGCUGCUGUUCAGCUGCGCCGGCGCCCACCAGACGCUGCGCCGCAUCUGCCCCUGCCGCGACUACAUGAAGGGCCAGGUGGCGCUGUGCAAAGACUGCCUAUAGCAGCCACACGCCAGCCCACGGGAGGGGGGGGCGGGCGGAGAGCAGCUUAACGAGUGUUUGUGUGUUUGAGAGACACACACACUCCUGCAGCUGUCAAACACACAAACACACACUGAACUCCUGUGUGUGUGUGCGGACAAACAUUGACGAGACGUGUGUGUGUGUGUGUGUUUCUCAUCGUCAUUGUUCUGAAGCCGAGUCACUCCUCAGAUUCACCAGCAGGGGGCGCCACAGGUCCCUGGAAGGGAAGUGAAAUGACUUGAGGGGACGAAGGGAUUCGAACAGGAACCGCUGCAGCUCCGCGGGCCGCGCGUGUCCGUGACGUUCAACAUGGCGGUGUGGCCAAGCCCCUCCCCCUGACAGCUGCACCGCCCACCUCACCUGGUCCCGCCCCCCCUAUCCUCCAUCCUCAUCCCCACUCAAAUCUGAAUCUGCUCAUUGUUUAGGUAGAUUUGCACUGGACUGGCAUGCCCCCCCCCCCCAAACACACAUAUCUACACACGCAUAGGGGGAGGGGCCUGAGAAAUGGCGGCUAAAAAAACGUAACCAGUUUUACACUGUAAGGACUUGUGGACCGAGGGGCGAGAGCCGACAUGUAACAUAGAUAUCUAGAUUUUUAUUCUGGAACUUUUAGCGUUUCCUGACACCUCCUCCAGAUUCCAUUCCCUCACGAGCGCGAGCGACCACGUGCACGCUCAUAUUCAAACGCAUCAUGAGGAGCGAGUGUCUGUGGCCAGUGGAGAUUCAUGACAGUGUUCCGGUACGACGCCCACCAGGGGGCGAGGGCGAGCUCUCUGCAGUCGUAGGAAUGUGGUGACUUAGACACGUGGUCGUCCGUAACGCACACAAAGUAAAACACACACACACUCGUGUCACCGACCACACAACAGCAGCUGUAAAUCCCUCUAGCGCCCCCCCCCCCCCCCGCCUCAUCGUCAGGAUCUUGAUUUUCCUGCAGGUUCGCAAACGUUAAGAUCAAAAAAGUUAAUUUGUAGUUAUUUGUGGUGAAUUGAAAAAAGAACAUGGUGCACUACGUUUAUCUAUUAGAGGGUCGAGGAGAUAUUAGUUACACUGUAUAUUGUUCAUAUGGGUUUUUAUUUAUUUUGUACACAGAUCUUUAUCUCGGUUUUUGGUGGAAAUCGUUUUUUAUUUAUAGAAUGGGCGUCAUCUUAUUUUUAUUUCUUUUCCCUUUUUUUAUCGAUUUUUAUUUAUGGAGAGUGAUUAAAAAAAAAAAAAAAUCGACAUAAAAAACGUGGUGGGGGGGGGUUUGUCUGCUUCGAGAAGUGACGAGAAGAAGAAAUCAACUUUAGAGAUGGAGUUUUGUAAGUUUGAGAACUUUAACUUAUAUAACUGUUGAUAGUUUUAGAGCACAGAGGUAUUUACAGUCACUUUAUGUACCUGCAAAACAUAUUAUAUACAAAUAUUUGCCAAUUUCAGAAUUUUACGCCCAAAUACAAAUUUAUAGAUUCACGUGUUGCAGAAUUAAAAAGUAGAAACUCUAAUUUCUUUACUUUCCUCUUCUUCUCGUCUCUUUAAGCCGAACAGCUGCAGACAGAUGUGGCCUGUUUUAUUGUGAAAGGCAGCAGCGGCCUUGUACACUUUGAUUUCCAAUCAGUUUUUUUUGUUUUGCACACAGACACACAAACAGACACACACACCGUCCUCACUGCGUCGGCCCAGACUCGUGUUGUGUGUCUUUAUUUUGUGAUCUGCCGCCAACUCUGCGUCUCAUGUGCCUUGUCAUGGUCACGUGUGUUUCCUCACUUCUUUAAAUCUGUUCUACUGGUUGAGGUGAAAUGAUUUUAAUUCAACGAUUAAAGAUUAUAUAUUUUUCUUACUUUAAUUUAAUACACUUUAGACCUAAUUUAUUCAGUGUGAUGACUCAGCAGAUCAGUGGAUUUAUUAUUUAACAGAGAUUUUAAUUUGUAAAGUAGAGUUUCACGGAUGUACAACAGAUGUUACCUGAGCACGGUUUUACUCCUUUUCUGUUUUUCUUUUCUUUCCUCCGACAUGUGACCAGAAGCAGAAGGUCCUUCACUUUAUUUAUCAUCGUCAGCAAAUUCCAGAAAAAAGGAUCAAAACCAAUCGUGUGUUCCAUCGUUUCUCGGCACUCUGAGUUUUAACCACAAUUUAAAAAAUGAUCAAUCAUGUUCUGAAAGUAGUUUUUAAUCAAGCAGAAGUAAACAGGGACUUUGAUGGGGACUUAUUUAAAGCUGCGGAUGAAUACACGGUGAUCAGGUCAUUACUUGUUUUGGUCUUUUAAUGGAUUCUGGACCUAACUGAGUUUCUGGAUGUUCUGUUGCAGCCGAGGCCUUAUUUGUUUUGUUUUACAUUACGCUGUCGAUCACAUUAUCAAGCGCUUGGUUUCCAGGAGCUGACAUGAAGGUCGUGAACGUCAGUUUCUUCACCGCAUCCGUUUGUUUUAACCUCAAACGUCUCCAUCGUGAAAAAGAGAAACUUUAUUUACAGCGGAACAAACUCAUCAGUCCUCGUUUCUGAAUCUGGAGCCUCAGUGUCUGAAACAGCCGAGCGGAGACGAUCGUGGUGAAGAACGACAACGGCUUUGUUUUCAGUCCUUGAUGAGUAAAGAGGGAUAUAACUUUAUUUUUAAAUAAACCUUUUUCUGUGA